GGCGAAGCGAGGCGGGAGGCGAUGGAGCCCUCACCGGCUAAGGGGAAACUACAGGGUCGGUUAUUGGUGUCCACGGCUCUGGACGCUAAGGAUGAGCUGGAGGAGCGGUUGGAGAGAUGCGUUGGCAUCGUUACCUCUCUGAUUAACGGGACGUCGGAGCGUGAAGCCAAUGACACCCUCACUGCACACGUGUGUAAGGGGUCCCAACAGCAUGAGGAGGUGUGCCUGGGGCUUUUCACCCUGCUGCUCACAGAGCCUGCCCAGGCACAGAGGUGCUACAGAGACCUGACCCUGGUCAACCGAGAUGGGAUGAACGUGAUCCUCAUCAAGAUCAACCAGAUCCUGAUGGAGAAGUUCCUCAAGCUGCAGGACGUCUGCCGCACACAGCUGGUGUGGCUGGUGCGGGAGCUGGUAAAGAAUGGGGUGAUGGGAGCAGAUGGGGUUCUGAUGACCCUCAUGAAGCAGAUAGCAGGUGGGGACAUCUCCAGUAAGAACCUGUGGCUGGCUGAGAACGUUCUGGAAAUCCUUGUGGAUCAGAGAGAGUGGGUGCUGAAGAGUGGGAUGCUCAUUGCCAUGUCAGUGUACACAUAUCUGCGGCUCAUCGUGGAUCACCACGGCACCCCCCAGCUGCAGACCCUGCGCCAGAAAGAGGUGGACUUCUGCAUCGGCCUGCUUCGAGAGAAGUUCAUGGACUGCUUCACCAUCGGGAGGGACCUGGUGCGGCUGCUGCAGAACGUGGCCCGAGUCCCCGAGAUAGAGCUGCUGAAGGACCUGCUGCACAACCCCCAGGCCCUCAGCCCCCAGUACACCGGUCUGAUCCAGCUGCUCACCUCCCGCACCUCCCGAAAGUUCCUGGCCUGUCGCCUCACCCCCGACAUGGAGACCAAGCUCCUCUUCAUGACCUCACGGGUCCGGUUCGGGCAGCAGAAGCGGUACCAGGACUGGUUCCAGCGGCAGUACCUGUCGACGGCGGACAGCCAAUCCCUGCGCUGCGACCUGAUUCGCUACAUCUGCGGCGUGGUGCACCCGUCCAAUGAGGUGCUGAGCUCCGACAUUCUGCCGCGCUGGGCCAUCAUUGGCUGGCUGCUCACCACCUGCACGUCCAACGUUGCUGUCAACGCUAAGCUGGCCCUGUUCUACGAUUGGCUGUUCUUCAGUCCGGAGAAAGACAGCAUCAUGAACAUAGAGCCGGCCAUCUUGGUGAUGCACCACUCCAUGAAGCCCCAUCCUGCCAUCACCGCCACUCUGCUGGACUUCAUGUGUCGGAUCAUCCCUCACUUCUUCCCCCCGUUAGAGGUGCAGGUGCGACAGGGCGUCUUCAACUCCCUCAACUUCAUCAUGGAGAAGCGGGUGCUGGCGCACCUGGCCCCGCUCUUUGACAACCCCAAACUGGACCCGGAGCUGCGCUGCAUGCCGGAACGUUUCCCAGAGUUCUGCAGUUCCCCCUCGCCGCCCACAGAAGGUGAGAAGAAGACAUCAGCGCUUUGUGUUGAAAAUGAAGAGUCCGCUUCCAUGGAGAUGGACAACCACGUGCUGGACAAGGAGGACGGUUGCUACGACAACACGGAGGCCGCCUUCAGCGACGACGAGGAAGAGCUGAACAACAAAGGCAAAAAGCGGGAAUUCAGGUUCCACCCAAUCAAGGAGGCCAUAAUCGAGGAGCCCCCUGACAUCACGCCCUACGUGGACCAAUUAGACGAAACCGUGAGAGAAAAAGUGCUCCAGCUGCAGAAAGGAAAUGACACAGAGGCUCAGUGUGAAGUCAUGCAGGAGCUGGUGGACCUGAUCCUCGAGGAGGACUUUGACUCAGAGCAGAUGUCUUCACUGGCUUCCUGUCUGGCGGAGCUGUUCAAGGGCCACUUCCGGGGCGACGUCCUGCCUGAUGAAAUCACUGAAGAGAGUCUGGAUGAGUCCGUGUGCAAGCCCGUGUGCCUGGUGUUCAGGAACCUGUGUCAGAUGCAGGAGGACAACAGCGGCUUCUCCGUGCUCCUGGACAUGCUGGCUGAGCUCUACCAGAAGCAGCCCAAGAUCGGCUACCACCUGCUGUACUACCUCAAGGCCAGCAAAGCGGCGAUGGGGAAGAUGAACCUCUACGAGUCGUUCGCUCAGGCCACGGCGCUGGGCGACCUUCACACCUGCCUGAUGAUGGACAUGAAGGCCUGCCAGGAGGACGACAUCCGGCUCCUCUGCUACCUCACCCCCUCCAUCUACACGCAGUUCCCAGAUGAGACGUUACGCAGUGGAGAACUACUCAAUAUGAUUGUGGCUGUCAUUGAUUCCACGCAGCUGCAGGAGCUGAUGUGUCAUGUGAUGAUGGGGAAUCUGGUCAUGUUCCGGAAGGACUCUGUUCUCAACAUCCUCAUUCAGUCUCUGGACUGGGAGACGUUUGAACAGUACAGCACCUGGCAGCUGUUCCUGGCCCACAGCAUCCCCCUGGAGAGCAUAAUCCCCAUCCUCCAGCACCUCAAAUACAAGGAGCACCCUGAGGCUCUGUCCUGCCUACUGCUGCAGCUGCGCAGAGAGAAGCCCACAGAGGAGAUGGUGAAGAUGGUGCUCAGCAGGCCGUGUCACCCAGAGGACCAGUUCACCACCAGCAUCCUGCGGCACUGGACAGCCAAACACGAGGACCUGCUGGGGGAACACAUCAAAGCCCUGCUCAUCAAGAACAACAACCUGCCCCGCAAACGCCAGAGUCUGCGUAGCUCCAGCAGUAAGCUGGCCCAGUUGACUCUUGAGCAGAUCCUGGAGCACAUGGACAACCUGCGACUCAACCUCAGCAACAUGAAGAACAACUUUUUCACACAGACGCCCAUCCUCCAGGCCCUGCAGCAUGUCCAGGCCAGCUGUGAUGAAGCGCACAAGAUGAGGUUCAGCGAUCUGUUCUCAUUGGCUGAGGAGUAUGAGGAGGCCUCCUCCAAGCCGCCCAAGUCUCGGCGCAAAGCUCCAGCGUCGUCGCCACGGUCACGCAAGGGAACAGCGCCCCCUGCCAGCAACGAGGAGGAGAGCGGCUCCAGCAGUGCCUCGGAGGAGGAAGACUCCAAGCCCAAAGCUCCAAAGAGGAAGAGGAAAGGGUCAUCGGCCGUGGGCUCGGACAGCGACUGAGACACGCCCACCACCCAGUCCUGCCAUUGUGACAUCACCGGAGACACACCCAACGGGGAGAACGGGGGGGUGGAGCUUCCACUCAGACUGCUGCUCCAGCCACGGGAACAUGCCCCGCCUUCUCCUCCCCACAGCUCUCUGCUGAUUGGCUGCACUGAGUCUGUGGGCAUGGCGACCGUGAGAACAGGGCGGGGGGAAGGACUGACGAUGCUGACGGACUUCCUGUCAUUGUGGCGCUGACCGGGGGCCCUGACAAGCCUGCACAGGAAGGACCCCGGAGCAGGACUUCAGCAGGAGAGAGGAAGAGGGACCUGUGGCCGCCUCCCACAUCCUGCGUCGUCGUCAUGGCAACGUCCUCCAUUAACCGCUCUGGAACACGUCUCUAAACUCUUCCGGUCCUUGAGCUCCAUCUUGUGUCAUUUCAAGCCCAUGAGUUUGGGGUUUGGGCGGGGUCGGGGUGGAAUGGGGACACGGCUUGGUACCUUAACUUGCUUUUAGCUGAGAGUCGACUAGAAUUGGCCACAUACGUAGGAACACUUUAAUGGGAAAAGCAGGACUUUGGGUUAAAGAAAUUAAUUUUAAUAAUGUGGUUAUGGGAUCAAAACUGCAGUUCGUAGUUGGACUGCGGGCUGUCUUUGCUUUUUGUUUUGGAAAUGGAGGGCGAAUUGAGCCAAAAAUCAUGCUCUCUGAUUGGGUGUUGCCAUGGUUACAGGCGGGCCAAUCGGAGACGUCACAGUAAUUUUAUAAAAAACGGGACUAUAAGGACCAACGGAGGAACAGAUUCCCAACAUGACAGCCAGAGCUUUUUAAAACUCAGUUUCUUUCUACUGACCUAUUUUCAUAUAAAGAACAAAAUAUAAUGUUAAUAAAAAAAGGCCAAAAAAAUAGGGAAACGUGUAAAAUUACUGUGGUGCGUUUGUGUCUGAAUUGUGGCUCAUUUUCACUCCAGUAAAUACUGUGGGUCAAACCAAGGACUUAUUUAAAAAAACUACUGUUUUAACUGUUGAUGAAUUCUUCAUUAAAUGUAUUGUAUAAAAUGGA